AUGAAAUUCUCUCUCCUUGCCGUUAUCGCCGCAUCCGCAUCUGUUGCGCAGAGCGCAAUCACUUGGACGUUGGACAAGGCAGCAAACCCUACAUCCGACCAAACCGAGGCCUACGAAAAAAUCGAAGCCGCAAUGGAAGCCGCUGUUGCGCGGCACGCAAAGUUGGGCACCGCAAGCAAGUCCGUCAAGGUCUACUACACGCCGGGCGUGCCGACGGCGGAAGCGGGCGUCAGCGGUGACCUCAGAUUCGGUUCAGACCGCGCCUUCAUGGACGAGCGGACGGCCCUCCAUGAAAUUUCGCACACGCUUGGCGUCGGCCAAACUACGGCCUUCAACUCCCUGUGCUCCUCCGGCGACUGGAAGACGGCUUUGCCUCUGUUGAAGUCCUGGGACGGCGACGACGCGAAGAUCAGUUGCGGCGGCCAACACUUCUGGCCGUAUGGCCUCAACUACGACAAUGAAUGGAGCGAGACAAACGCGGUUCGCCACGUUCAGAUUAUCAAUGCCAUGAUUGCCGAUGGCAUGUAA